AUGGAGGAGGAGCUAGGAAUCAUGGUGCCUGACGUGAGGGAAUUGACUGCGGAGGCCAGGCCAGCCUACCUGGAGGACUGGUCACUGAGCAGCAAGCUUACAUUCUUGGUUUCCCAGCUCAAAAAGAAGCAGGGCCUUUUGCAUAAAGGUCUAUCCAAGAAGACUGUUAUCUAUACACAAUGGAGGUGUUUCAUGGAGUGGAUCAUGAUUGCAUUGGAUUGUCACGGCAUUUCAAGUGGGUCCUUGCACGGUGGAAUGACAACUCAGCAGAGAACAUGGCAACUCACCAGAUUCCAGACCAACAUCCAGAUUGAGGCCUUUAUAGUAUCUAUCGAAGCUGGAGGUGUUGGCUUGAAUAUGACAUGUGCUGAUGAGGUCUACCUGAUGGAAUAUCAUUAG